AUGUUGGCUCUGUCUGGGCCGGUCUCUGCCCGGAUCCAGACAACUUUUAUCUGCACCUUCCCCAGGUACCGGUUGCCGAAGCGUGAUACCAAAGUACCUCAGGGGCUCCGCCGGGGCCUUCUCAGGUUGCAUGGUGGGAAAAAAGGAGAUAAAAUCACCACUUUCCUCGUCGCUGAUUGGCCAGCGGUGGUCCUAGCGUGCGCACUAACCUCAGGCCAAACUCGCCAGCGGCAACGCCACAGGCCUGUUGUUGCCUGGGAGAACUGGAGGCUCGGUCUCUGGACAAAAUUAUAA